AUGAAGAUCCACACGCGAGAUGGCAUCAUGGACUUUCUUCUACGCACGGAGAGAUUUUUGAAGAGCAGCGAGCAGCUGGACGAGGACCAGAUCAAGUUCCGUUUAGAGAAAUUGGAGGUUAAAUGGAGCGAGUUCGAGGAGGUGCAGUCGGAGAUCGAAGGCUGCGAGGAAUAUGAGAGUAAUGUCGACGAACAUCGAAACGUAAGGGCUGACUUUGAGGAGAGAUACUUUGCGGUAAGGGCAGGGUUGGUGAAAAAGUUGCCUCGAUCUACAGGGCAGGUUUCAGCACAGAAUUCCAGCGAUUGCCUUGACCCGGCCAACGUACACACAUAUGUACGACUACCGCAAAUAAAUUUGCCGGAGUUUGAUGGCAAUUAUGAAAAAUGGCUUCCGUUUCAUGAUACGUUCAGAGCCCUGAUAGAUUCUUCCCCGCAGUUGAGCAAUAUUCAAAAAUUUCAUUACUUGAAGGCUGCUCUCAAGGGUGAUGCACUUAGACUAGUCGAUUCCUUUCCGAUGAGUGAUGCGAACUAUAGGGUGGCUUGGGAUGGCUUGGUUUCGAGAUUUUCCAACCGUUAUCUACUAAAAAAGCGUCAUUUGAAUGCAUUGUUUGAAUAUCCAAAGAUAAAGAAGGCAUCUGCGGCGGGAUUACACGACUUAAUUGACUGUUUUGAGCGAAACACGCAGAUCCUGGACCAGUUAGGAGAAGCAACAAGUGGUUGGGGAGCAAUGUUGACGCAUUUGAUGGUUUCAAAGCUUUGUGACAGUGCACAGGUACAGUGGGAAGAGCACGUUUCGCAGAAUGAUGAUCCCUCUUUCAAGAUGCUGAUUGCGUUCCUGAAGACGCAGACCCGGGUGUUGGAUGCAGUGUUGGUGGAUCAACGAACGUCAAGUUCAAACAGCGGGCCAUCGACUACUGAUGGUAAGGUUCAUUCGAUUAAGCUUUCGGUCAACGCGGCGACUGAAACUACUGGUCCAAACUGCAUGGCAUGCAGCGAGCAACAUUUCUUGUCACGAUGUCCUUCGUUUAAUAAUCUGGCGGUUGAUGAGCGGUUACAGUUAACCAAUUCGAAGCGGCUGUGUAGUAACUGUUUGGGGCGCAAUCAUUUGGCACGGGAUUGUCCUUCUAAAUAUCGAUGUCGAACUUGUUCCAGGAAACACCACACUCUACUCCAUCCUGGAUUUCCUGGAUCUGGCCCAGUUGCAACCCAGACAGUGAAUCAAGACGAAAGCACGGUUUCCCCGCAAUCUUCCGUCGCCGUAUCGCACUCUGGUGAAUCGGUUUCUAGUUCAGCGGUAUCGAUUUCUUCAAAUAUGGCAGUGGGGUACGCAAGAUCUCAUGUAUUUUUGCUCACAGUGCUGUUGAAAGUAAAGGACAAUUGGGGAAGGAGUCACUACGCAAGGGCGUUACUAGAUUCUGGUUCACAGGCCAACUUGAUGUCCGAACGGCUCUGCCAGCUUCUGAGGCUACCUAGACGUGAUAAAAGGGUGGAAAUUGUAGGGAUCGGCCAAUCUCGGAGACAAACUGCGUACGAAGUUUCGGCGAAUAUCACUUCAAGAGUUCGUGAUUUCUCUCUGUCGAUGGAUUUUUUGGUUUUGGGGCAGGUUACAGAUAACCAGCCAUCUACGUCACUUCCAUUAGCAAACUGGAAGCCACCACAGGGCAUGGAUUUAGCUGAUCCCGAAUUUUAUGUUUCUGGGGCCAUCGAUCUGGUGCUGGGAUCACAGUUCUUUUACGACUUCCAUCUACUCGAUGGUGGCCGGCUUCAGAUUCGCAAAGUCGGCAAAGAAUUACUAUCAUUCGUCAAUACAGUGUUUGGUUGGGUGGCUACUGGGGAAACGAAUCUUUGUGAGGACGUUGAGAAGGUUUGUUGCCAUAUGGCUUUGGCAGAUCCGCUAGAUAAGGCAAUCGAGAAGUUCUGGGUAAUUGAAGAGCUUUCAGAAAAACCGCUUCGGUCACAGGAGGAAAAAGACUGCGAGAUCCACUUUCAGAACACAAUCACACGAGACGAAUCGGGGCGUUACGUAGCACGAUAUCCCAAGCGGGUGGGAUUUCAUGAGAUGAUCGGUGAAUCAAAGAACACAGCUUUGCGAAGGCUUGAACAAAUCGAGAGACGGUUUGCGAAGGAUGCUAACUUACGUAACCACUAUAACGACUUCAUGCAGGAAUACAUCAAGCUGGGACACAUGAAGGUUGUUGGAACAUCGGACGAGGUUCACAAAGCCGACAAUACGGUUUGCUAUCUUCCACAUCACCCGGUCUUCAAGGAAUCGAGCUCAACUACGAAAAUACGGGUGGUGUUCGACGGAUCUGCCAAAACAUCCACCAACCAUUCUUUGAACGAAGCACUUCUCACCGGACCAGUGAUUCAGGACGAACUCUUCGAUCUCAUGCUCCGGUUUCGCAAACACGCGGUAGCGUUGGUUGCGGAUGUUGAGAAGAUGUAUCGACAAAUUCGCAUACAUGCCGAAGAUACUUCUCUGCAGCGGAUUUUAUGGCGAUUCGAUUCAUCCGAGCCGGUUAACACUUACGAACUUCAGACGGUCACAUAUGGCUUAGCUCCAUCGUCCUUUCUCGCCACGCGAGUGUUGAAGCAGCUUGCAUCGGAUUUGGAAGGCAUGUACAAAACUGGCGCGCGAGCUGUAUCGGAGGAUUUCUACAUGGACGAUUUCCUUUCCGGGGCUGACUCUAUCGAGUAG